GGAUCUGACCUCGACCUCCUAGGAUCCAUUCACAUUGCGCGAUGUCGUCGUCUAUCUAAAUGGUCCUCGAUCACCUAACAAUCACAAAGUCUCUCUUCUUCAAUUAACAGGAAGCAAUUGUCACUUUUAGAUUUUUGUUUAUUUGUUAGAUGUAGAAGAUACUAAGAUCCCCAUCGCUGUUCGAAUUUGAUAAACUCGCUGGAUUCGAAGUGAAUCUUCUUGCUCUGAUGGAUGGCAAGAAAGGGAAGUUUGAUAACCAUGUCAGGCAAGGAGAACGAUGUCCAGCAAAUCUUCUUCCAGCAUUGGAAUUUGUUAAGCAGAUACCUGAUAGACUUCAAAACAGUUUGAAAUCACAUUUCAAGCAUUUUGCAAAGAAUGAAGUGAAGAUUGGUGCUGCAAAUCCUCUAACAAUGAUGGGGAGACAAUCAUUUAACGCUUUUGAGGUUAACUUAGAUAAGCAAUUGCAAGCUUGGAAAGAAAAUCCUAAUUGGGUUGGUCAGUCUCCAGAAAUAACGGUUAGUGUACCAAAAGGUUCCCUUUGCAAUUUGAAAGUAAAAUUUAAUGUUGGAUUGCCCCCAGAUGCAAUAUAUAAUAUUGUCAUUGAUCCUGACAACAAAAGGGUCUUCAAAAACAUCCAGGAAGUGAUAUCCAGAAAGGUCUUAAUAGACGAGGGCCAAAGGCAGGUUGUGGAGGUGGAGCAGGCAGCAUUGUGGAGAUUCCUUUGGUGGUCAGGGACUAUAUCAGUACACGUCUUUGUAGAUCAAAACCGGAAAGAUCACACUGUGAAGUUCAAGCAAGGGAAAACAGGAUUUAUGAAUAAAUUUGAAGGUUGCUGGAAAGUAGAGCCCUUAUUGGUUGAUUCCUGCACUGCGGGCAAAGGAAGAAUCGGUUCAAUUGUGACCUUGGAUCAGCUUAUCGAGCCAGCACUUGUGCCUCCACCACCAAUAUCAUGGUAUCUGAGAGGAAUCACGACAAGGACAACUGAGAUGCUGAUAACUGACCUUUUGGCUGAGGCUGCUAGAUUAAGGGGAGAUCUAUCAAGCAAAGUGCUUGAAGAAAGCCUUGAUCCUGCUUGUGUUGGCCGCUCUACAUACAUUUUUGACGAUGGUAUAAAGGAGAGAUGGCAACAGAGGAGAAGUAUGAGACGACAAAGAAUUCAUAGAGCUCUGGUUUGAUAGUAAUUAUAGAAGUUCUCUUAUCAUCAAGAGCUUGUAAAUUAUUAAUCUGUCUCAGGUCAGUACAAGAUUUUGCUUUUAUGAUGUAUUUUCUAAUUCAUUGUUCUUUUUUUGAAGCGUAGCUGGUGUACUAGGAAUAUGACUAUCAUGUUCGUUGUUGUAACUUAUUUUUUGGAUAAUUUUAAUUUCUUUACAAAUCAUAACCGAGUCUCCAAUAAAGCUUAGUUAUCUUUAUCAUC